UUUGUUUUUCGGCUUACCUUACGGUGUUUAACAAGAAAACAUAUGAUGGAAAUACCAAGGUCAAGAAGAGACAAUGAUACGACGAUUGCCAUACACAAUGCCUACCAAUUGUGGGUGGAGCAGAGAGACAAAUUUGGAUUUAGAUUGGGAGUUUUAUCGUGUGAAAAUUUGAAUGAGAUUUUUGCAUUGCAUCUACUGAACCUUCACUCGACUUGCACUACAUGCACCGCCUGCGCCCCUCCAGCUACCUCCAUGAUCAGUGCCGGGCAUGGGCCGGAGGAGGAGGCGACCUCUGCCGAUGGUGAUUGCGUGCGAAGUCGACGCAUCGAAUCUCGGGAGACUCUCGGUCUCAAACUGAAAGUCAAACCACCCAGUCCACCAAGACCCAGCCAACCUGCCUUGCCUCAGUUAACUAUGUUCCUACGAGAAGGUGCAGAUCUUCCAAUUUCUCCUGGAGACAGCGGGGAAAAUGAUGCAACUAAUGGGAUACUUGGAAACCAGCCAUCCAAAGGAAACACUGACACUGUCCAUAUAAAACAAGAGGACUUGCAAAGCUCUAAAGUGGCAAUGCCGAAAGAGACAUCUGUUGGUGACACCGAUGUCGCUAAAACCCAAGCUGGUAAAGAUGAUUGGAUAGAGGAAAAUGAAAUUGAAGGAGGGUGUGUAUAUGAUGUGCAGAUAAAAUUAAAGGAAGAAGUCAUGGAUGAUGGCUAUCAGGAGAAUCAAGCUACUCGGUUGCAAGAUGAUGAUGACGAUGAUGAGGAUAUUGAAGAUGAUGGAGAAGACAAGAAUAAGCAUUCCUCGGAAAGAGACGUUAAAAAUGACAGUACACAGAGACAGCUCAAGUUCAGCUUUAAAGUAUUCCAAGAAUUCUGUUCGGCAGGAGACCAUGCUAUUGGAGAAUUAUCAGACAUUGACUUGACAAUAUUAGACCAACUAUUGGGUAAAUUCUAUGCUGGUGUCAAAAGACAAAGUGGUGGGUCAUACAGUAAUAAGUCAAUGCAGGCUUUGCGUUAUGGGUUGCAUAAAUAUUUCCAUGAUUUGCGAGGCAUAGACAUUAUCAGGGGUUCCCAGUUUCUAAAUUCUAGACAAGUGUACAGAGCUGUUCUACAAAAGCUGAGAAAGGAGGGCAAAGCCAGUGUGAUGCGUCAUAAACCUGUCAGUGAAUCCGACAUGACUAAAAUUCUGGACAGUCUUGACUUGGACACCCCACGUGGAUUACAGCGAAAAGUCUUUGUUGACAUCAUGACCCACUUUGUGUACAGAGGGGAAGAGAAUCUACAUGAUAUGAAGGCUCGUCACUUUGUUCUGUGUAGAGAAAAUGGUCACCGAUAUUUACGCAUGGUUAACAAAGCUACAUUUAGUGACGAGUCAACUUUCCAGAAACGUAUGUAUGAAAUUCGUGGGAGCAGUAGGUGUCCCGUUCAAUCAUUCCUGAAAUUGCAGUCUAAACUGAAUCAAGAUUUACCAUUUUUAUGGCAAAAACCAAAGAAAUUUGCACGAAGUCAUGGGCCAUGGUAUGACGGCGUUCGUCAGGGAAUCCACACACUUCGAAGUAUGACAAAGACAAUCAGCAGUGAAGCAGGAUGUUCUGCUGACUACACGAAUUACAGCUUCAGAGUAAAGACAAAUACCCCCUAUGAUAUCAGCUUAACAUCAAAGGAACAAGCGACCAAUUCAGGGCAUCCAUCCGAAACAAAUAAUGAACGUCAUGGCCAAUCUACAUGUAGUAACCAGAAAAUAAUGAGUCAAUUGAUCUCAAACGCUAUAGUGAUUGGCCUUGGUCUACCACAGGAACCAUCUGAUCAUGGACAAUAGGACCAGAAAUAUACACAAAGCCAUGUACAUAAAUUUGACAAUGUUGUAACGCUCUUGGCUAUUUAUAAUAUUUUUGUGGCAACAUUCCUGCUAAACAUGGAAACCUAAUGAAUAUUGUUCAGCUUACUGUUGGAAAUCAGUGAACCAGAAGAGGCAUGCAGUGUUCCAAAUAUAGGUCAUGAAACGAGUUUACUAUUGACUUGUGUUCCAGAAUGAUAGUUUACUCAGAAUUUUAAAGGGAUUUGUGAGGAGACACCUUUCAUUCCAGACCACUUUAUAAUAAAUACUUUCCCCAUUCACUGGGAGUGAUUUUCUGCUCAUACAUGUAUACUCUCUUCUAAUCAUAUCUUCUCAGAUAACAAAUGGCCGACAUGUUCCGUGCCCAAUCCAUGUGAUACAAUGUUGGAGUUUUCAGGUGCUAGCCCAAAGAAGAAGACCAGGUAUGCAGGGGGAGGAUUUAAAUGUUCAGUUGGUGGAUGUAGCAAGACAUAUUAUGAUGGAUAUAGUAUGCACGAGUUACCCAAACAAAAAGGAUCGGUUAGAAGAGAAUGGAUGAAUUUCCUCAAAGCCUCUAACUUUGAUCCAGAUGGACGAUCUGUAGUGCACAUCUGCAGUGGACACUUUGAUCGUAGUCAAUAUGAUGAAACACAGGUUAUGAUGUAUAGGAUGAAAAUUCGGAAGCUAUCUCCUCGAUUGAAGCCAACAGCCAUCCCUUCCUUCCAUAAAGCAACCCAUCCAUUCCCACCAGACUUUUUUAAUCUAUAAACAACUGCCUUCAUGACUAUAGCAAUGACCACGACUACAACUCAACGGCAUGUACCACUAUGGUUUGAAUUACAGACCAUGUCAUAGAUUACAACAAACACUUAUUGGAUGUCUACAAACAAUCUGCAAGCCCUAACAUGGUUGGAUUCAUGUCUACUUGAAGGUGUCCAUCAUUAUUCAUGUUACAAGACUUCUCCCAUCAUGAUGUAGGCCUUACUCAGCAGCUCAUGGUCUCUCAGUGCACAACUUUGAAAAGAGGAAGUUUUGGCAAGACAACUGCAAAUGCUGGAGAGGUUUUAAGAAAGGCUAAGAAGGAACAUCAAACUGUCCAGUGCUCUUUAGUUGCUGAGUGCUCCUACAGUUAUGAUAGAGGCAAGCCAAGAUUCUGAAACGGGGUGAUCUACUGUGCAAUGGAGAUGACGGACGUGGAAAUCGAUAUUCUGUAAGAUCACUGAAGAGCCAGAAGUGGUUUGUGCUGGCCUGAAUUCACCAAGAUUUGACUUAAACCUUUAAACUUGCCCAUAGAAUAUACACAUUUUGAUGAGCACAAGCACAAACUUGUGCACGCACUUAAUUGCUAUUCUGGUUCAAAUUUUCUCCUCACUCGUGGUUUAAACUCCCAGUAUUUGUAAACUGUACACAAUUUCGUAGGGCCAAGAAGUACAAAGUUAUAUCAUAACAGCAUUAUGUGAAACGGGGAGGAAUGGAAAAUAAUGUUCACCUGUACACCGGCACAUCAAAGUUGUCAAAACGUUGCACAAGAAGUAAUUGACUUUAAAACAUGUACCGAUAAUCAGCUUUCAGGAGAGAAAAAAAUAAUUUUUUAUUUUAUAAAUAUUCCUUUAGUAUUUCUUGUUUUUUACCUUAUUAUUUAUAUUGUUCCUACACAAUUUGUCAAACAUUAUUGCAGUCAGAAAUAGCAUCAAAUUAAAUAACCUUUUGUCAAUAAAUAAAAAUAAUUACUCAUUUAUGAAUUUGAGCUGAAAACACAUUUUUUGAGGAAGUUUGCAUCUGACAUGCACUUAAAUUAUGUUGUGUAAUUUCUUUACUGCAUAAAUGGGUGUUGUUAAUUUGGUCUCAAAAGCUGCGCAUAACUUGGAAAAAAUACUUGGUAUGUUCCUUACACAGAUUUGUUGUGAAAAAUGUUUAAGUGGGGCCAUUAUACCCCCAGGAGGCCGUUUCAUGAAGCUGUUAGUAAGUUAAGAGCAACUUUAAGAACGAAUGGUGUUCUUUUCUUGCGUGCUAAACCAUCGCCAAUACCAUUUGCCACCAGAAAGGAUCACCUGUUGUUUUUUUUAUAUGUUUUAUUGAUUUUCAAAGGUUUAUAAUCAUCGGAUCAAUAUACAUGUAACAAGAGAAAAAAUAAGCAGCAAAAAUAAAAAUAAAUAACAAUGAUAAGAAUAAUAAUAAAACAUAUAAAACACCAAAACAUAAAUACUGCAGCAUAAGAUACCACUUAAAAAGCAAAACCCCCAAAAAAUAAUCAUUAAAAAAAGACAGAAAUACUUUGUCAACGUACAAAUAAACAUUUGUUUGGGGUAUAAUAUCAUUUUGAAGCUGCAUGAGAUCGUAUACUGUGGUAGAAAGAAAAAUUGACAUGAUUAGAAGAAAACAAAAAAAGCAAAAAGAGAAAAACAAAAAUUGCAAAGCUAAAACAAACAAGAGCACAAGAUAUCACAGCUCAUGGCUUCAAAUUAAAAAAUCAGCCCAAGCCAAAAAAGCAAAAAACAAACGCAAACCAUGAAACAAGCCAAAAUGUUAAUGAACAGUGAACCAUUUGUUUUGCUACAGUUUGAAACAUGAAUUAAAAGAAUUAGAUAUUAAAUUGGUGUAAAAGUGAUGAAUUAAUGGACCCUACUCACAAAACAGAAUAAUAAAGUUAAAUGAUAAAUGUUAAUAAAUUUUGAACAUUCUUCUUGUUCCUUCCCUCCCUUAAAAAACCCAAAUAACAUUACCAAAAUCCACAAUGUAGGGAUAUGGCAUGCCAUAAAAAGGGGUAGACAAUCCUCUCAUAUACAUGUAUACACUGCAAGGUAACAAAUAAAUCAACAUUUAAACAACACUGUAACAUAUCCAAUGCAUACCAUUUAUGUUACAGUUACAAUAUACUUUGUCUUAGAUACAUGUAACACAUUUCCAUUGAUCAGUUUGUUUUUAUGACCCCCUAAUAAAAACUAAACAAGAACAAUAUAAUCAAAUCCACAAUGUAGGGAUAUGGCAUACCAUAAAAAGGGGUAGAAUAGCAAAAUCCCCAAUGUAGGGAUAUUUCAUAAAUAAAAAGGGUUGAAAAAUCCUCUCAUACACUGUCAGGUACACUGUAACAAAUAAAUAACCAACACUGCAACAAAUGCAUACACAUAUACAUGUAUUACUAGCAAUGUAAAAGAAGACUUAUUUACAAUAAUGAUACUUUGUCUUUUACAUGUAACAAAUUUCUAUUGAUCUAUUUGUUUUUUAUGAUCCAUGACAGGAUUGGCUACCAUACAUACCAUAAUGUGGUAUAUAUCUGAGAUUAAAUCAUGCCAUUAAUAAGAAGCAAAAGGGCAUCUGCCCAAGUGGGUGCACCCGAUUAAUCCAGUUGCUUUGAUACAAUAAUCAUAAUGAAUGGGUGAAUCCUCUCUUGGAUAAUAAAACACAUAAUUAACAUCAACACUCCUCUUAAUGCCAAAUGGCAGCAUACCUGAAAUUAUACAAGUAUUGUACUGCAUAUGAAACACUUAAAAAAAAACAUAAUUAGUUCUAAGUUUUUUAGCUUACUUGUUUACUUAGUCUUCAUGUAAGAAUUAUAUUAGUUUUUAGUUCUCCAUGGCUAUGUCCUCAUUUGAACUUGAUGUAAUCUCUUCAGAAUGUUUCUCAUUGUCAUGUAGGUUUUUGGUUAAUUCUUGUUCCUUCUUGCAAAUCAAUAUACUUUUUAUUUUACCACAAUGACCUUUCCUGAAGUGUCUCUAUAACAAAGCUUGUCCGGGUAUGAGAAAAACAUUUUUUUCUUCUCUUCUUUCAGCUUUAGAAACUUGGGUUGUUUCUUUUUCAGUAGUUGCUGAACGCACCAAGAUAAGUCUUCUGCGACAAAGACACAUACUUCCUGGAUGUUUUGCUGAUACUUGGACUGCUCCAGCUUCUGAAUACAUUUUUUCCUGAUCCUUUCCUUUGCAGCAAACGUAGCAAAAGCCACAUGUAUCCUCAGUUGUCAUGGUUGUCCUGGAUGGGAAACGGGGCGAGUUGGUAUCCUAUGGACCCUUUCUAUUUGUGCUAUGUCAUCAUUAGCAGCAUCAGCAUAGCGGAUGAAAUCGACCACAAUCUUAUGGCAAUCUUCCUUCUCUACUUCUGACAACCCAAAGAUCACAAAAUUGCACCUUCUACUUCUAUUCUCUAAGUCAUCUAGUUUAUCAACAAGGCUCUAGUUUUCUUCUCUGAGCCAUUUCACUUCAUCCUUCACAUUACACAGGUCAAAGUCCAUACUUUUAUCUUUUCCUCUUGGCAGCUGAAUUUCGUCGUUAGAUCACCGAUUUGUUUACUGAGAAUAUUUCCCAGCCAUUCUUUGAAAUGUGUUUCAAAGCGUGAGAAAAAAUCCAAGAACCAAGGGGAUGACUCUUAUCUCUCGUUGUAGCUUAGUUCUUUUCUACUGCGUUUAGCCUCCAUAUUAGCACCGUGUUAUAAAACACCCACCAGGAGUAUUAAGGCCCUGUGCCACAUUGUUCUGUGCAGGCCUUUGGAUGAUUUAUGGGUAGUCACUUGUAAUUCAACCGCAAGCAAACUUUGAGUGGGCAACCUGUGAGCUGGCGACCUGCAGGUAGCAAUAAUAGUCACCUAUAUUAAAGUUACAAGUAAGGCUUGUAUGUAUAAAGGUAACAGGGCCUUAAAAGGUUAAAAAGGGGAAAGAAAACUUAACCCUUCUAAUGCUCUUUAAUUUGAUCUUAAGAGUAGAUAUAACUAUUUUUUUUUACCAUUCUGUGUAAUAUUACAGAUGUCUCUUUCUGUGCUCAUGGAAUAAUAUUCAUACAUGAAAGUUCUACUCAAAGUGAAGUAAUAGUGAAAUACUGCCAAUACAUGUGUAAGCCAUUGGAAAUAUAAAUUUGUAAUUUUAGGCCUAUUUAUCCAUGGUAUUAUGCUGCCUUCAACCUGAUUGAGAUAAAUGAGUACCUGUUAGAAAUUUAUUCCUUAAAAGUUAGUGUGCAUAGUAGCUUCCUUGCUAAAGCCAGUGUAAUUAUGCUGCAUUUUGGAUAACUAUUAUUGUUCUAUUGGUGUGUUUUUGUGCUUUAAACAUAUCAAUAUUAAGAGGUAUCUAAAUGUGUCCUCAGCCCUCCAUAUAUGUGGCAUAAAAGAUCUUAUAGGGAUUUCAACUAAUACAUAAAAUGCUUUGAAGCAUUUUGUAAUCUACAUGUUCAUGUAUGUAAGACAAAUGAAUACUCUGUAUAAGAAUGUAUUGCUGGGACUCCAGCUACAUGUUAGUUUUAAUAAAAGGAGAGAGAAAAAAAAUAAGAGAAUGGUGAUGAAGGUUUGAUGAAAACUUGUUUAACAAAGAUAUUUGAUACUUUAUACCUAACAGAACUUGGCUAUUUCAGAUUUUUUUAGGGAUGGGGCAGUUGCUUAGAAAUAGUCCUGUUUAUAUGCCACAAUUGAAUUCAUAUGCUUUGAUGGAUCACUUCUUGUAGAACUUGUAAAUAUAUAAAUGCAACUCGAAAACCAAACACAAAUUCCAUUGUUGCCAUUAUGAAUUCCAGAUUGUAGAGAUAAGUUGAAAUUUCAUCCAUGCAGAUAAAUGGCAUAAUGCAAUCAGUUGCAAUAUGAUUUUAACCAGUAUUUUAUUAGAGUAUUAUUGCAACCAUGCCAGGUGUGUACAACUGUAGUUCAUGCAAUUGUUAUUAUACAUAAAUUCUGUUUUAUUGCUACAAGAUGGAUGAUGAUGUAAUUGUUACCAUUUCAAUCUCUUUCACUUAUUCUUUGGUUAAUACCACAUUAUGGGUAUUAACACUUACGAAGUGGGUGAUUCCAAUUAUGAUUUUAAAUGAUUAUUUUAGUGUUGGGAUGAAACAAACACCAGUUGAUUUUGUAUCAUUAUUAAAACCCAAAGUUUGUUUUUUGAAGUUUGGUUCAGUAUCAACUUGUAACACCAUAUUGAGAAAUGAUAAUGUUCUGAUUUCUACCCCUGAUUUGUAAUCGUAUUAUAUUUCAUUUGUGAUGAUUCAGAUUUGCUAGUUUAUUUCAUUAAUACGUGAUUAAAGGUUGAAAGCAUGAUGUAUCAAACCCUUCAUAUUUUUAAAGGAAAUAUGCAGAAUUGAAUUUGUUUUAAACUCAAAUCGUAUAGUAAUUCAAAGAUGUAUUAUGGCAUAAAGACAGAUUUUUUGGACAAUCAAAGUUCACUCCCGUUCUGUUUUUGUCAUGUUUGGAAGUUAACAGAUGCAACAUUAUACAUACCACUUUAUAAAAGGCUAUUUAGAUUUGAUAUUAAAUAUAUCUUUGUCUUACAU